UCACAUGAGUUCGGGGAAAGAGAAAGUGAAAGUGUAGCUGAGCUCUGUGUGUUUGUGACUCUGUAUUUCUGCAGUAAAAUGGCAGAAGCCAGAUUUUCUCAGGAUGAAUUCUUGUGUCCGGUGUGUCUGGAUCUCCUGAAGGAUCCAGUGACCAUCCAGUGUGGACACAGUUACUGUAUGAGCUGUAUUACAGACUGCUGGGAUGAAGAGGAUCAGAAGAGAGUCUACAGCUGUCCUCAGUGCAGACAGACCUUCAGUCCAAGACCUGCUUUAUUUAAGAACGUGGUGUUUGCUGAAAUGAUGGAGAAACUGAAGAAGACUAAACUUCAAAGUGUGGUUCCUGCUGGAGCUGGAGAUGUGGAGUGUGACGUCUGUACUGGAAGAAAAUACAGAGCCGUCAAGUCCUGUCUGGUGUGUCUGAACUCUUACUGUCAGAAUCACCUUGAACAACACGAGAGUUUCUUUAGAGGAAAGAGACACAGUUUGAUUGAAGCCACUGGACGACUGCAGGAGAUGAUCUGCCAGAAACAUGAGAAGAUCCUCGAGGUUUUCUGUCGCACAGAUCAGAAGUGUAUAUGUGUGCUGUGUACGAUGGAUGAACAUAAAAACCAUGACACUGUAUCAGCUGCAGCACAGAGGACAGAGAAACAGAAGCAGCUGAAGAAGACACAAAAGACGCUCCAGCAGAGAAUCCAGCAGAGAGAGAAAGAUCUCCAGCAGCUGAGAGAGACUGUGGAGUCUCAUAAGCGCUCUGCACAGACAGCAGUGGAGGACAGUGAGAGGAUCUUUUCUGAGCUCAUCCGCUCCAUUGAGAGAAGCCGCUCUGAGCUGAUACGACUGAUCAGAGAUCAGGAAAAGACUGCAGUAAGUCCAGCUGAAGAACGACUGGAGCGACUGGAGCAGGAGAUCAAUGAUCUGAGGAGGAGAGACGCUGAGCUGGAGCAGCUUUCACACACACAGGAUCACAUCCAGUUCCUGCAGAGUUACCAGUCUCUCUCAGCAGCUCCUGAAUCUACAGACGUAAAUGAUGAUCUCUUCAGUUCUCUCUUCUCUUCUGAUGAUCUGAGAGAAUCUGUUCAUCAGCUGAGAGACAAACUGGAGGAUUUCUGCAAAGAGGAGAUCAAGAAGAUCUCAGACAGAGCCACAUUCACCAACAUUGUUCCCAGAACCAGGAAGGACUUCCUACAAUAUUCCCGUCAGUUCACUCUGGAUCUGAACACAGUGAAUAAACGCCUCCGUCUGUCUGAGAACAACAGAGUGAUUACAUUCACUAACACAGUUCAGUCGUAUCCUGAUCAUCCAGACAGAUUUGAUGUGUGUCAGGUGUUGUGUAGAGAGAGUGUGUGUGGACGCUGUUACUGGGAGAUUGAGUGGAGUGGAGAUGAUGGUGUGGAUAUAUCAGUGUCAUAUAAGAGCAUCAGCAGGAAGGGAGGAGGUGCUGAGUGUGUGUUUGGAUCUAAUGAUCACUCCUGGAGUUUGUUCUGCUCUUCCUCCAGUUACUCAUUCAGUCACAAUAACAUACAGACUGCUCUCUCUGUGAAGCCCAUCAGCAGGAGAAUAGGAGUGUUUGUGGAUCACAGAGCAGGAACUCUGUCCUUCUACAGCGUCUCUGACACAAUGAGCCUCAUCCACACAGUCCAGACCACAUUCACUCAGCCGCUCUAUCUUGGGUUUGGGUUUUGGUCUGUAUUUGGUCCUAGAUCAUCAGUUAAACUGUGUUGAUGAAUCAGAAUACACUGACGAGAGAUUCUACCAUAUUUGUCUGAGAUAUUAGAAAAUCUGGAAUCUGAGGGAGCAAAAAUAUCUAAAUAUUGAGAAAAUCAUCUUUAAAGUUGUUCAAAUGAAGUUCUUAGUAAUGCAUAUUACUAAUCAAAAAUGAAGUUUUUCUAUAUUUACGAUAGUAAGUUUACAAAAUAUCUUCAUAGAACAUGAUCUUUACUUAAUAUCCUAAUGAUUUUUGUCAUAAAAGAAAACUGUAUAAUUUUAACUGAUACUGUACAAUGUAUUGUUGUAUAUUGCUCCAGAUAUACCUGUGUUACUGAUGACUGCUUCUGUGCUGCAGGGACAGGUAUUUGUGUUAGUUAAAAUCUGUUAUUAAGUUAACCAUAUUAAUAAUAAUAAUUAAUAACAUUUCAUAUUUUAAUUUUUUUUUUUAAACAUUUUUAUGAUUUCAUUCAAUGUGUUAUUUCUGUUCUCUGAUAUAAAUAAA